GCAGGAGGCGGCGAUCCCGGCGGAGGGGGCCGUUCGCCAGCUCCGAGGCAGAAAGUGCCACGACUCCACACGCGCGCACGCAGCCAGCGACCGGCCGGAGCGGACGGCGGACGGGGCGGACGGCGUCGGGGUCGCGGCGCCUGCAGCUGCUCGGGGGCGGCUUCUCGGCGGAGGCUCGGCCGGCUCCUCUCUCCCUGUUCCGCGGCGGCGGCGGCUGCUGCCUUUUCGCUCUUCCUCCCGCGUCUCCGGCUGCAGGUGAAAGGAAAGCAAGCCAGGAUGGAUAUUUACGACACUCAGACCUUGGGGGUUGUGGUCUUCGGUGGAUUCAUGGUUGUUUCUGCCAUUGGCAUCUUCCUCGUGUCAACCUUCUCCAUGAAGGAGACGUCCUAUGAAGAAGCCCUGGCCAACCAGCGCAAGGAGAUGGCGAAAACUCACCACCAGAAAGUGGAGAAGAAGAAGAAGGAGAAAACAGUGGAGAAGAAAGGAAAGACGAAGAAAAAGGAAGAUAAACCUAAUGGGAAGAUACCUGACCAUGAGCCAGUCCCCAACAUGACCAUCCUUCUCAAAGACCCAAUGCGGGCACCUGCAGUGGCCGUGGCUCCAACCCCAGUCCAGUCCCCCAUGGUCAUUGCCCCCAUAGCCACGGUACCAGCCAUGCCCCAAGAGAAGCUCGCCUCCUCCCCUAAGGACAAAAAGAAAAAGGAGAAAAAAGUGGCAAAGGUGGAACCAGCAGUCAGUUCUGUAGUGAAUUCCAUCCAAGUUCUUGCCUCCAAGGCUGCCAUCUUAGAAACUGCUCCCAAGGAGGUGCCUAUGGUGGUUGUGCCCCCAGUGGGUGCCAAGGCCAGUAUCCCCGCCACUGGCACUGCACAGGGUAAAAAGGCAGAGGGAGCCCAGAACCAGAGCAAAAAGGCAGAAGGAACCCCCAACCAGGGCAAAAAGGCAGAGGGGGCUCCCAACCAGGGCAAAAAGGCAGAGGGAGCCCAGAAUCAGGGCAAAAAGGCAGAGGGAGCCCAGAAUCAGGGCAAAAAGGUAGAAGUGGCCCCAAACCAGGGCAAAAAAGCAGAGGGGGCCCAGAAUCAAGGCAAAAAGGCAGAAGGAACUCCAAACCAGGGCAAAAAGGCAGAAGCGGCCCCCAACCAAGGCAAAAAGACAGAUGGGGCCCCCAACCAGGGCAAAAAGGCAGAGGGAGCUCCCAACCAGGGCAAAAAAGUUGAGGGGGCCCAGAAUCAGGGCAAAAAGAUGGAAGGGGCACAGAAUCAGGGCAAAAAGUCAGAGGGGGCCUCCAACCAGGGCAAAAAGGCAGAGGGGAGCCCCAAUCAGGGCAAAAAGGUGGAAGUGGUUCAGAACCAGAGCAAAAAGGUAGAGGGAACCCCCAACCAGGGCAAAAAGGCAGAGGGGUCCCAGAACCAGGGCAAAAAGGCAGAGGGGUCCCAGAACCAGGGCAAAAAGGCUGAGGGGACCCAGAACCAGGGCAAAAAGGCAGAAGUGGCCCAGAACCAGGGCAAAAAGGCCGAGGGGGCCCCUAACCAGGGCAAAAAGGAGGGAACCCCAAACCAGGGCAAAAAGGCAGAGGGGACCCCCAACCAGGGUAAAAAGGCAGAGGGGGGCCCCAACCAGGGCAAAAAGGAAGGAACCCCAAACCAGGGCAAAAAGACAGAAGGGACCCCCAACCAGGGCAAAAAGACAGAGGGGGCCCAGAAUCAAGGCAAAAAGGCUGAGGGGGGCCAGAAUCAGGGCAAAAAAGCUGAGGGGGCCCAGAAUCAGGGCAAAAAAGCCGAGGGGGCCCAGAAUCAGGGCAAAAAGGCAGAUUCCGUUGCUAAUCAGGGCACAAAGGCAGAGGGUGUUGUGAGCCAGGGGAAAAAAGCAGAGGGGGCCCCCAAUCAAGGCAAAAAGGCAGAGGGAACCUCAAACCAGGGCAAAAAGUCAGAAGGGUCCCCCAACCAGGGCAAAAAGGUGGAUGCGUCUGUCAAUCAGGGUAAAAAGGCAGAGUCAGCUCCUAUCCAAGGCAAAAAUGCAGAUAUGGUCCAGAGCCAAGAUGCACCAAAACAAGAAGCUCCUGUGAAGAAGAAGUCUGGUUCAAAGAAGAAAGGUGAGCCUGGGCCCCCGGAUUCCGACAGCCCUCUCUACCUCCCCUACAAGACACUGGUGUCCACGGUUGGAAGCAUGGUGUUCAACGAGGGGGAGGCCCAGCGGCUCAUUGAGAUCCUGUCCGAGAAGGCUGGCGUCAUUCAGGACACCUGGCAUAAGGCCACUCAGAAGGGCGAUCCCGUGGCGAUUCUGAAGCGCCAGCUGGAGGAGAAGGAGAAGCUGCUGGCUGCAGAGCAUGAAGACGCGGCUGUCGCCAAGAGCAAGCUGAGGGAGCUCAACAAGGAGCUGGCCGCAGAGAAGGCUAAGGCCGCAGCUGGGGAGGCCAAGGUGAAGAAGCAGCUCGUGGCCCGGGAACAGGAGAUCACGGCUGUGCAGGCGCGCAUGCAGGCCAGCUACCGCGAGCACGUGAAGGAAGUGCAGCAGCUGCAGGGCAAGAUCCGGACUCUGCAGGAGCAGCUGGAGAACGGCCCCAACACACAGCUGGCUCGUCUGCAGCAGGAGAACUCCAUCCUGAGGGAUGCCUUGAACCAGGCCACAAGCCAGGUGGAGAGCAAGCAGAACGCCGAGCUGGCCAAGCUCCGGCAGGAGCUCAGCAAGGUCAGCAAAGAACUGGUGGAGAAGUCGGAGGCUGCACGGCAGGAGGAGCAGCAGCGGAAGGCUCUGGAGACCAAGACGGCCGCCUUUGAGAAGCAGAUCCUACAGCUACAAGCAGCUCACAAAGAGAGUGAGGAGGCCCUACAGAAGCGCCUAGAUGAGGUCAGCCGGGAACUGUGCCGCUCCCAGAGCAGCCACGCCAGCCUGCGGGCCGACGCCGAGAAGGCCCAGGAGCAGCAGAAGCAGAUGGCCGAGCUGCACAGCAAACUGCAGGCCUCCGAGGCAGAGGUGAAGAGCAAGCGCGAGGAACUGAGCGGUCUCCACGGGCAGCUCAAAGAGGCCAGGGCCGAGAACUCACAGCUCACAGAGAGAAUCCGGUCCAUCGAGGCCCUGCUGGAGGCAGGCCAGGCCCAGGACACACAGGAUGCCCAGGCCAGCCAGGUGGAGCAGCAGGCCCGCCUCAAGGAGCUGGAGUCCCAGGUGUGGUGCCUGGAGAAGGAGGCCACCGAGCUCAAGGAGGCAGUUGAACAGCAGAAAGUGAAGAACAACGACCUCCGAGAGAAGAACUGGAAGGCCAUGGAGGCUCUGGCCUCAGCCGAGAGAGCCUGCGAGGAGAAGCUACGCUCUUUGAUCCAGGCCAAGGAGGAAUCAGAGAAGCAGCUUGGCCUGACUGAGGCACAGACCAAGGAGGCCCUCUCGGCGCUGCUGCCCUCACUCUCCAGUUCCACACCCCAGAGUUACACUGAGUGGCUGCAAGAGCUCCGAGAGAAGGGCCCUGAGCUGCUGAGGCAGCCACCGGCAAGCACAGAGCCCUCGUCGGAGCUGGCUUCCAAGCUGAGGGAGGCUGAGGAGGCCCAGAGCAACCUGCAGGCCGAGUGUGACCAGUACCGCACCAUUCUGGCAGAGACGGAGGGCAUGCUCAAAGACCUGCAGAAGAGUGUGGAGGAGGAGGAGCAGGUGUGGAAGGCCAAAGUGAGCGCCACGGAGGAGGAACUCCAGAAGUCACGGGUCACAGUGAAACAUCUCGAAGACAUUGUAGAGAAGCUAAAAGGAGAACUGGAAAGUUCAGAGCAGGUGAGGGAGCACACGUCCCAUCUGGAGGCAGAGCUGGAGAAGCACAUGGUGGCCGCCAGCGCCGAGUGCCAGAGCUACGCCAAGGAGGUAGCGGGGUUGAGGCAACUUUUAUUAGAAUCUCAAUCUCAGCUGGACGCAGCCAAGAGUGAAGCCCAGAAACAGAGCAAUGAGCUCGCCCUGGUCAGGCAGCAGUUGAGUGAGAUGAAGAGCCACGUAGAGGAUGGUGACGUAGCUGGGUCCCCAGCUGCCCCCCCCGCAGAGCAGGACCCCAUCGAGGUUAGGGCGCUCAAGACGCAGCUGGAGCAGACAGAAGCCACCCUGGAGGGUGAGCAGGCACUGCGGCAGAAGCUCUCAGCCGAGCUUGAGGAGGCUCAGAGCUCGGCGUGUCGGCUACAGGCAGAGCUGGACAAGCUCCGCAGCACAGGGUUCCUCGAGUCUUCAGAAGCAGAGGAGGUCACGCAGCUGAAGGAGAGACUAGAAAAAGAGAAGAAAUUAACCAGUGACUUGGGACGCGCUGCUACCAAAUUACAGGAGCUUUUGAAGACAACCCAGGACCAGCUGACGAAGGAGAAAGAGACGGUGCAGAAGUUGCAGGAGCAGCUGGACAAAACAGUGAGUGUCCUGGCCAUGGCUCCCGCAUCUUCUGGCAGUGUGGGAGGCCCCAGCACUCCUGGGGUGCAGGGAGGACGGUAGCAGCUCAAAGGAGGGCACAUCUGUCUGAGUCUCUUCAGGAAAAGAAGUUACUGUUCAACUUACCAAAAUGCCUUACACAUUCCUUACGAAUAAAUAAACCACCCAACACAGCGUUAUCCAGGCCCAACCUCCAGUAGCUCUGAGAGAAGCCAUUAGAGACGAGAGUCUCUUAGAAUCGCAGAACUAGAUCUGCCAGACCCCCGGUUUGUCAAAGAACCUUUGUCACAUUUGGUAAACACUAUUCCCCAGGACCAGCCCUGGACCACCACCGAGCAGACGCCAAAGCCCUUCUCAGCUCUGUGACAGGCCCCAGGGUGUAUGCUGGGGAGGCCGGGACUUCUGGGUAUCUGUAUGUCAAUCAGUGCAAUUGUUUUCUUUCCCUGGGUUGCGGGGUCAGGAGACGGGCGGCCCCAGGGGAGUCUCAAAGGCUGUAGAGCAGACUGGAGGGUCACAGCCCAGCCCAUUGAGGCAGCAGCCCUUCACCCCCAGGAGAAGCUGCCAGCAAGAACGGAUGUGUGACCUUCUGGAUGUUAAUGCCAUUAAAACCAACAUUGUCGCCCGGCA